UUUCCUUUUUUCAUAAUAAUUAGUUGUUUCAUAUAUAAUGGCUAUAUUUGCAAAUCCUAGCCAAUACCUUUGCUUAGCUUUGUUCUUCAUAGUUUUGGAACUUUGGAGCUCUCAUGUAGCUUCAUCACGUCCAAUCAACUAUGAGGCAACCAUGAGAGUUAGGCAUGAGCAAUGGAUUGCCCAUCAUGACAAAAUUUACAACAAUUUGAAAGAAAAAGAAAUACGUUUUAAGAUAUUCAAAGAAAACGUGGAACGUAUAGAAACUUUUAAUGCAGCAGGGAAUAAAGAAUACAAACUUGGUGUUAAUCAAUUUGCUGAUAUCACGAACGAGGAGUUUCGUGUAUUACAUACCGGUUACAAGAGGUCAUUGCACCCUAAGGUUAUGUCCUCCUCAAAGCCAAAAACACAUUUUAGGUACGCUAAUGUAACAGACAUACCGCCAACUAUGGAUUGGAGAAAGAAAGGUGCCGUUACUCCUAUCAAGGACCAAAAGGAAUGUGGGUGCUGUUGGGCAUUUUCUGCAGUAGCAGCUAUGGAAGGCGUACACCAAGUGAAAACAGGAAAAUUGAUCCCUUUAUCAGAGCAAGAGCUUGUAGAUUGUGAUGUCGAAGGCGAGGACAAAGGUUGCACCGGAGGACUCUUGGAUACUGCCUUUGGAUUCAUCAUAAAAAAUAAGGGCCUCACAACAGAAGCAAAUUAUCCAUACGAAGGAGCAGAUGGUCUAUGCAACAAGAAAAAAUCAGCUGUUUCAGUAGCCAAGAUUACAGGAUACGAAGAUGUGCCGGCCAACAACGAGAAGGCUCUUUUACAAGCUGUGGCUAAUCAACCUGUGUCAGUGGCCAUCGAUGGGAGUAGCUUCGAUUUCCAGUUCUAUUCAAGUGGUGUAUUUAGUGGAUCGUGUAGCACUUGGCUUAACCAUGCUGUUACAGCAGUGGGGUAUGGUGCUACAAGUGAUGGUACAAAAUAUUGGAUUAUAAAGAAUUCUUGGGGCAGUAAAUGGGGUGAAAAUGGAUAUAUACACAUGAAAAGGGAUGUUGAUGACAAAGAAGGCCUUUGUGGACUUGCCAUGGAAGCUUCUUAUCCCACUGCCUAAACGAAAUUAAAUAUGUGAAUAUUUUAUUUUAUUUUUAAAAAAGGCUUGGGGCAGAAAAUUGAAUUCUUAGUAAUACAGUGAAAAUACACUGCCAAACAGUUAAGCUACGAAGAUUCCCUAAAACAUACAUAUGUGAAUACGUUCUGGGUGUGAAGUAGAUUUGGAUGGGACUGUCUGUAUAUAGUUAUUAUCAUAGCACUUAAAAGGUGCCAGCUUCUAAUUAAUUGUAUUAUUAUAUGCGCAUCAUGUGAAAUAUAUAAUGGUUAUAUUGUUUAAA